CCUACUGCAAAAUGUGUAUUGCCUUGUUAAUUAAUUUUUAAGUUUUACGAAUAGUUUACCCAUUAUUAUAUAGUUCUUAAUAAUUCUUCGCUAUAUAUCGGCAUUCAUUUUUUACCAUUUUUUAAGUACAAUUUUCCAAUCAAAAUUUCGAAAGAGCCGUGUGUACCUCUCUAUUCUUUGUUGCUUUGAGCGAUUUUUGUCUUGUUUUCGUUGAUUUUUUAACCAGAAGGUCAGUAUGUCUGAAACGAAAGUCACUAGUGAAGAUAUAGAGUUGGCAUUCCAAAGGCUCAGAGCCAUGCCAGGAAAUAAGACUUGCUUUGACUGUGAUGCCAAAAAUCCAACAUGGUCCAGCAUCACGUAUGGUGUGUUUAUUUGCUUAGAUUGUUCUGCUGUACAUAGGAGUAUGGGUGUUCAUUUGACGUUUGUUAGAUCAACACAGCUGGAUACAAAUUGGACAUGGCUUCAACUAAGACAAAUGCAACUAGGUGGCAACGUAAAUGCUACUUCAUUCUUUAGACAACAUAACUGUAUGUCUAAAGAUGCCCAACAAAAGUAUAAUUCUAGAGCUGCUCAAUUAUAUAGAGAUAAAUUAUUGCAAAGUGCUAGACAGGCAAUGAAAGUUCAUGGAACUAAACUGUUUUUGGACCAAUCACAUAUCCACGAGACAGUUGAACCCAAGCAUGUUGAUUUCUUUGAACAACAUACUACUAGUGCUAAGGUUGCUUCAUUCAAUACAGAUAAUACUUUUGGUGACAAGUUUGUACCCUUUUUGGAUGAAAAACAAAAUAAUGGAGAUGUAUCACAUAUGAGAGAACCCAAAGUUCUUUCUAAUGUUGAGCAAAAGUCAAUUGAUCAGAAGUCUUUGUUAGGGGGCCGACAAGCACAUAGUAAAAAAUCUGGUUUAGGAGGUAAACGAUUAGGAUUAGGUGGUCAAAAAAUCCAUGCCAAUUUUGCUGACAUUGAGAAAGAAGCUGAAAUGGCAGACAAACUAAAAUUUAACAAACCUAAAAAAACAGAAAUUGUGGAAAAAGUGAACGAUGAAGAUCAAGAAACUCAGAUGUCGUCAAUGCGACUGGCUUAUCAAGAUUUGAGUAUUAAAAAAAAUAAAGAAGAAGAAAAACUAAAACAGAUUGAUCCUAAAAAAGCGGCCCAACUUGAACGAUUGGGCAUGGGAAGUACAUCAAAAAAUGUCGUUAGCCAUUCGGCCUUAAAUGAUAUGAUGACAUUAGAUAAAGAAGAAAAAAAACAGACGUCAUUAGACGCAAUUACUAAUGAAGAUAAAUUUUACGAUUGUUUUGAAGAAGCAAAAGCAGAAGUGUUACAAAUGAUCAGCAAAAAUCAUCAGCUUUCGAAUGAUAACUUUUUUGACUUUGACGAUUUUAAAAGAAGUGCAAAAACUACUACAACAGCACCCAAAGUUUAUGUUAUUAAAAACGAUUGGGACAAUGUUAAACCGGCAAAAAAAGUUACCAAAGAACCAGAGGUUGAUAGUUGGGACAAUACUGAAUCAUCCGGAAGGAGAACUAGUAGAAACAAUAGGAUGAGAAAUGCGGCUCCUGCUUCUACUCCUACAGAAAACAAUGAAGCCUCAAAAAAGUUUGGUGGAGCUAAAUCAAUAUCUUCUGCCCAAUAUUUCGGCAACAGUCAAACUUCAACCGAGAGUUCAAAUUUGUCACGUUUUGAAGGGAGCAAUAGUAUUUCAUCAGCUCAAUUAUUCGGCAGAGAAGAAACAACAGGAAUAGAUUCAUCUUAUCAAACACCAGAUUUAGAUGAAGUUAAAGAAAGCGUUAAACAAGGAGUUACAAAAGUAGCUGGGAAAUUGUCAUCUUUAGCUAAUGGUGUGAUGUCUUCUUUCCAGGAAAAAUAUGGUGGAUAUUAAUACUACAAUAACCACUCAAUGAAUAAUUCGGCUGUUACAUAUAAUUUCCAAUGAGUUACAGAUUAUUAUUAUGACAUUUAUACACUGCGUAUUAUAUAUUUUGUAAAAAUAUGUAUAUUUUUAAAUUAUAUACAUAGAAAUAAAUAUACAUAAUUAUUUUAAAUAAAAUAUUCCAGUAAUAAAAAAACAUGAAGGUUUAUUUUAACUCAUUUAAUUGUUUUCAUUUACACUAAUGUACAUUCUAAAUAUCAUUGUAAUUAAUAUUUUGUUUGCCAACUUUUUUAUAUCAUUAAAUGUUGAUAUCAUAUGAAGUUUUGAA